GUCACAGUCGCUCUUCGAGUUUAAGAGAGAAAAUGGUUGGUUUAAGACAAUCAAAGAACGUUGCGUGUCAAAUUUACUUCGGGCAUCCCAAACAGUUUUGGCGGGAGCGCAAGCGCUCGGAUAUGAAAGCAGUUAUCGACGUGGAAGAUAUGAAGAAACAAACUGAUAUUGUUGAUUACGAUUCGAUACAUUUACAGAAAUUAAUAAUUAACAAAACAAGUGAAAAAGUAGAAGAGUUAUUACAUCUAGAAGAACACAAUCUAUGACAAAGAAGAUGCAAGCUAAAAGCGUUGUUGGAGAGAGAAGAAGAAGAAUUUAAUCAAGCAUUGAUGAGCAGGAAGAGAAUGGAAGAAUGCGGGUAUUGUAAAGAAAGAGAUAGAAAGAUCGCCAGUUAUAACGAGGAGUUAGAACAAGAGAAGAUAAGAGAAUGUCUUAAAGCUUUAGAAAGAGAAAAAAUUUCCAACGGCAUGAUGAGCAAGAAACAGGACGAAAUACGUUUGAGGGAAAUGCAGAAGAUGCAGAUGGAAGAGAAACGUAAUAUAGAAAAAGAAGAAUACGUUAAGGACAUGAUGUGGCACCAAGUUCUUCUGGACGACGCAUACAGAAAGGAAAAAUACGAAAAGGAACACGCAGAAAGGAAGCAGCAAGAGAUGAAAGAAAGAAGAAGAGCUUAUGACGAGCAAAUCGCUAGUGCCAAUAGUAAGAGACAGCAAGUUAUGAAAGAAGAAAGACAGGAAGAGAAGGAAAAAAUAGAAAAAAUUAAGAAGAAAAUGGAAGAAGAUUAUAAUGAAGAAAUUGUAAAGAAGAAGAAACAGCAGAUGACAAAUAAAACGAACUUUCUGGAAGGACAAGAAAUGAAAUUAAGGAGGCUGCACAAAGAGAAAUUAGAAGAUCGUCAAAUAGACAAUUAUACGAUAGAGAGAGCCUUAGAAGAUUUAAGAACAAAACGAAUGAUGAAAAUGAAUCAGAUACGAAAUCUUCAAGUUGAAAAACAGAUAUGUCUACAAAACUACAAAAACGAGAGAAAUAUCGCUUCGGCCCUCGAUAAUGAAGCAGAAAGAGCAGCAGUUGAAUGGAAAAAACAAGAGGAGAAAAAGGCGGAUGAAAUUUAUAGAAGGGCAGAAGAAGAAAAUAGAAUUAAACGACAGAAAGCGAAUCAAGAAUAUAGGCAGCAUUUAGAUGAACUGCACAGUGAGAUGAUCAAUUGUAGGCGGGAAAGAGAAGAAAAGAUGGAAUUAGUUAAGAGGACGGCGUUGAAGGAAAUGCAGGACAAAAUAAAUGAUGCCAACACAGAGUUGCGGAGACAGAUAGAAUAUAGAAACGAUCUUACAAAUCAUAUAAGACAGAAUCAAAAAUAUUUGGAAUCUAAUUUGAAGAACAUGGAAUAUAAGGAUAGACCUUUUACAAAAAAACAGAUUUAUUUCAAAGAUGCGAUGGAAAUAAUUGGAAUUCCCAAAGAAACAUCUAGUACAAAUCCGGUGCAUCCAUUUAAAAGAGUACUGCAAAUGAAAUUAAAGAAGAGCGAAUCAGUACAGCUGCCGAAAUUACUAACGUAGCUAAAACAAGUUUAAGCAUGUUUACAAGGUACAUUUAGUUUCGGCUUUUUUUAAUUUCUGGAGCCAAGUUGCUCUUACGGAGCUUGGAUUGAAGAAGAUUAAGUCAUAACGAAACAACCAUCGAAAGGAAUUUACUCCAAAAUCAGAUGUUACGUGGCAAUAAAGAUCUCCGGAAACGAAUUGUGUCUGAACUAGUCUAGCGAUAACAGGUCAAAGGUAUGAAUGAAUGAACUCUGCUCCGAUGGCGGAGGUGCGAUGGCAAAAAGAAGAUAAAGGGAUCAACCCCAAUAAUUCCUCAGAGCAUUUCUAUGUACAUUACCUGCAAACAAUAUAUGAAAAAAUAAAAAAUAAAUAUUUACUUGUGCUA